UGCUCAGCUCACAACACUCGGGCUAUUCUCUCUUACACAUCUCCGAUAUUUGUAGAGUUCACCUGUUCCAUACAGUUUCAUCCAAGACUACUGUGACUGUUCACUGACAGUAGCAAAGCCUUUAUUCCGUUUAUUGGUGGAUUUUGAUAACACGUAUUACAGUAAUUAAUUUUCGUUUUUUUAGAGCCGUUCUGCCUAGUAGACUCAUCACUGCGAGGACUUGCUCAUCUUGACAGUCACAGCGUCGUCACAGGACUCCGGGGAGCGCUGACAGAUUGUUCAGCUGGUGUUUCCAGCUGUAUCCUCCGCGCCAAAGCGAGAUACACCGCCAAGGGAGGCUUUAUCUACCGGUUGAAUGUCAUACGAGGCUUUGUAGGACUUAUUUUAAUUGUCUCGACUCGUUCUCUUUGAUCUACACCUUGCUAUUUGGUUGUCAUUAUGGAUUUUCUCCAGGCUCUCCUAUUCCUUUGUCUAUCUGCUAUCCCGUUGUCGGCGGACAAUGCGAGCAGUAAAGCCCGGAGCUGUUCGGAUGUCCGACAGUUCUACAGCGGUAAAGGCUUCACUCUCAACGGGGUGCCACAUACAGAGAUAUCUGGUGAGCACCUUCGGAUCUGUCCCCAGGGGUACACCUGCUGUACCAGUGCCAUGGAGGAGACCCUGUCCAACCUGAGUCGCAGGGAGUUUGAGGGCCUGGUCAGAGAGGCUGGACGCUCGCUACAGGCCUCUCUCAAUGCACAGUACAGGAGCUUCGACACAUACUUCACAGACCUCCUGAAUAGCUCAGAGCGCUCCCUCCAGGAGUCCUUCCUGGCCAAACUGAGCUCCCUCUACUCCAAGAACGCCCCUGUGUUCCAGGACCUGUACACUGACCUGCGUCGCUACUACCGUGGCUCCGCUGUCAACCUGGAGGAGACGCUCAACGACUUCUGGGCACGGCUGCUGGAGCACCUGUUCAAGGCCUCCGCCCUCCCACAGUACACUCUCACUGAUGACUAUCUGGAGUGUGUCGCCAAGCAGACGGAGACCCUGCGGCCCUUUGGGGAUGUUCCCCGCGACCUCAAGUCCAAGGUCACUCGGGCCUUGGUGGCGGCGCGGUCAUUCGUCCAGGGCCUGACCGUCAGUGGAGAGGUGGUCCGCAAAGUCUCCCAGGUACCUCUCAGCCCAGAGUGUACCCGUGCCAUGAUGAAGCUGGUGUACUGUCCUCACUGUAGAGGCCUGGCCUCAGUCAAGCCCUGUGCCAACUACUGCAGAAAUGUCAUGAAGGGAUGCCUCGCCAACCAGGCCGACCUCGACACCGAGUGGCAGAACCUCAUCGACACCAUGCUGCAGGUGGCAUCUAGUUUCAGUUCUGACCCCAGCGUGGACGUGGUCAUCUACUCCAUCCCCCUCCGUAUCUCAGACGCCAUCCUCUACAUGCAGGAGAACACAGAGGUCUUCACCAGCAAGGUAUUUCAGGCCUGUGGGACCCCCAAGGUGGCAGGCACACAAAGUUCAGGGUCUGAGGAGAGAAAGAAGAGAGUUAACCCCGCCAGCACCGCAAUGGAGUACAAACCUAGCCCCACCGCAGGGGUCCGGCUGGAGAUGCAGAUAUCUGAUGUGUCCAGUAAGCUGCGGGAGAUGCAGCAGUACUGGGUACAGCUGCCAGCUGCUCUGUGCAGUAGUAAAGUGGCAGCAGGAGCAGCUAGUGAUGACAAGUGCUGGAAUGGCAUGACCAAGGCCAGGUAUCUUCUUGAGGUGAUGGGCGACGGCCUGGCCAGCCAGAUCAACAACCCAGAAGUGGACAUCGACAUCACCAAGCCAGACAUGACUAUCCGCCAGCAGAUCAUGCAGCUGAAGAUCAUGACCAACCGGCUGAGGAACGCCCUCAACGGCAAUGACGUGGACUUCCAGGAUGCCAGUGAUGACGUCAGUGGUUCAGGAAGUGGAAUGUGUACAGGCGAGUCGUGUGCCCGCAAUGGACCUCGUGUCAUUGUGCCCAAAGCAGACAGCACCAGAUACUACAAUCAUCCUGAGAACAAGAAGGUGAAGAGCACAGGAACCCAGACCCACCCCUCCAUCCUCCUCCUCCUGCUCUCAUUGGCCACACUGCUGCGCAGGCGAUAAUGGACCGGUGGUGCAUCCAGUCGAGACUGUGUUUUGGAGUAGGGCUCUGAGAUGGAAUAGAAGAGAGAAAAGGGGGGAUGGGUGGGUAACUUUGCCAAAUAGGAAAGGAUUGUUAUUGAAUGAAUGGACUAACUUUCAUUUUAAUGAGAGAAACACAAAGAAAUUUCCUAAUCAUUUUUUCUUGUUUUGAUUUUUUUUUUAUGUGGCAAGUAGAGCUGGUCUUUGGCUUCUUUUUAUUGUUUCUAUGCUUGGGUGGUGAACAAGGAUGUUUCACAUGCUAGAUGCAAUGUUUGGAUGGCACAAGCUUCUUAGCGAUCAUGCCAUUCUAAUGUAAAGUCAAUGUGACCUUGUUGCAAUGUUCUAACAAUGCCAAUAACUUGACCGUGAUGUUGUGAGAGCACUGUGAGAGACGGUUUGGUGUGUAUCUUCAGUGUGCUAAUCCAAUGCAUUUGUUUUUCAUAUCAAUCACAGUGACAGGGAAUUUGGAUCUCUCAAGUAUAUUAAAUCAAAAAUAAUGGUU